UAAAUAUUCAGCAAGAAAUGUCGUGAGUUAAGAGAAGAAGCAUCCAAGAACUCAGUCGCUCAGACAAGAAUGUAAUUAAGGAUAUGAAGAGAGAUCUAAUGAAAAUAGUCUCUCUUGUUAAGAGAAGGACUAGGAGCCAGACGAGAAGUUACGCUUCUCCUAAGCAAACUGUCGAUUCUUCAGAUUAUGGAAGCCCACAAGAGCAUAUGAACCCGACUAUUAGCUCUGCCCAGAAGAGAUGAGAUAUUACUUUAAGGACUCUUGCAUUGGCUAAAAUGAAGAUGAACGCUUGAAAAUCUGCUGAGAGGAGCCCUAAUCAGAAAAGAUUGAGCAGAGAAAUUAAGAUCGGUAAUCCUAAGAAACUGGUCUAUCCUUCAGUAAGAAAAUUAAAGAAUUUGGUAACUAAGUCCUUAUCCACUGGAGAGAAUCAAUCCCUGCAGUUCAAAAGAAUUCUGGUGGACCAUAUUCACAAAAAUAUGAAACACAUGAACUUAAAAGUUUAUAAGGAGAUCGAGAGACCAUCGGUUUCAAAAAUUCCUACCCAUGUUUAUCCAAUGCGAUUACCUGAAAUCAAAAGACUAGACUCUGAGUUUAAAAAGAUCCAAAAGGGCCAUCACAGGGCUGGAAUAAUGAGAAGAAACAAACUGCUUUUGGAGCACAUCAUGCACGAGAGGGUCAAAACUACCCAGAUAUAUUGACCGGGAGCUCAGAAUUUCAGAACCAGCGUAUCGGUAAACGAGGUAGCUUAAUUCCACACUUUAUUUCUUCAGAAACUGGUCUGUAAGAAUCUGAUGAAAUCCACAGUUAAUUAAUUCCGAUUGUAACAUAAGUUUCA